AUGUAUCCCGCACUACCCAAAGGCAUCGCAGUCGAUACGGGGUACACUGGACCAGAUAGAUCCGUACAAGAAGUCUUUCCGCCCUUCAAAUGUGUGGUCGGCAUUGAUUUCAUACGCAGAGAAGUUGGACAAAGGAAAGAAGUACUAGCAGGUCAGGUUGUCGUCGUUGACGCCAUCCACAUCCACGACAAAUUAUGGCGAGUCAAAGCAACCUCAACCAGUGAAGAUACAGCUCUCUGGGUACCUGCAGUAUACCUCCGGCCCUGUGUUGAUGACGAGAGCUUGGUGCAUGUAGGAAAUGCCCCGGAUUUAUCACACAGUAACUCAGUCAAACACCAAAUUAAUCAGGCCCAAAUAGAAACCAGACCGCGAAAGGCGGCAACAAAAUCUGACCCGCAGGUCCAAAAUACGCUAGAUGCUGUACGGGAAAUGUGCUUGAAUACCAGUGAUGUUGUAUUCACAGGUGACGUCUUGACAAUCGAGCUCAGAAAGAAGAAUGAUGGGACGGAGUACGACCUGACGACCUUACCAAACACGGUCAAUGGGUGGCCGGUCAAGUACAUGAGGUUGAGUGAUAAGAAAGAGCCUGCGCAGAAGAAGCCUGUAAAAAAUCCAACAAUCUGGGCGAUGAGCGUUCCGGAAGACUCGAUCGGGGGUGUUAUCAUGCCACAAUCAAUUUUCUUCCGGAUCUAGGUCUAAGAAUCAGCGAUUUCGUCUUUCAAAAUGAGGUCUUGGUGCUUGAGUUGGAAAAACUGCAUGAUGAGAUAGAAUUGAAGGGAGGAGAAUACCGACAACUGUCAGUGGCUUACCGAUUACUAUUAAAGGAUCGAGAGAUAAUCGGAAACCUGAGAUAGGCAAUGGUGAGGAUGGGUGAUGACAGUAAGCAAGGACGAAUUCCUCCAUCGGAGCCUCGCCACGGUGCUCUCAGGAUUUCGUUCCAGCCAUUAGG